ACUCCCGUUAUUUCAGGGCGCUGUGGGCGAUAUCCGUCUUUACCUGACCGGGUUGCUCACCUGAGCGGACUCACCUGUCCCGACGCCGAAAAUACUUUUCCUUAGCGCUUGGGAACAAAUCUGGUUGAGAGGAAAGGUGUGUUGGAGGGGACAAAAAGCGCGAUAAAAGUGGACGCAGCUUGCGAAACAAGAAGAAAGGUGCGAGGAGGAGGAAGAAGAAGAAAAGGGGACCGACCUUCCAGUUUUUUUCCCCCUCGGUUUCCUGCUUUUUGCGACUUGUACGUGAAUUCACGUCGCGAAAGCGGCUUUUCUGCAUAUCUCUCUCAAAGGGACUCUGUGUUGGCUGAACAUGCCGAGGGCCUUUCUGGUUAAAAAGGCGAACGUUUCGCCGGGAAAGCGGAACUGGAGUGAACUCCCUGAUCAUGAGCGAGGGGACGUCUACAUCCCAGUCUCCAUCUUUCCCCAAUCCGCCGUGAUGAUGGAGGUGGAAGCCAGCACCGCCGAGACGACAGCACCUCUCUGCCUCACCAAACAGUCUCCCGUUGACACACAAACGCACGCGGAGCUGCCCUCCAGCACGGUGCUUGGCAGACCCCAGAGCCCGGUGGGUUUACCGGAGGGGAGGUCAGAGGUCAAGAGGAGGUCGCAGAGCAACUCCACAUACAUCCGAGCCAAAAUAAAGGUAACUACAGGUGAGUUACCUCCAGAUCCAGCUCCUCUUCCUCUGGCACUUCCUCCCACUCCCACUCCACAGCCUCCAGCUGCACAGACCACUGUGACUCCUCCAAAGCCAACCCCCACCCCCCCAGAAUCGGUCCCAAUGGUGACCAGAUCAACAGGUCACACUCAAAAUGGGUUGACGGGCUCGACAGGAGCAUUUGUGUGCCAGGUUUGUCAGAAGACAUUCCAAUACCAGCGGAUGUUAAACAGACACAUCAAGUGUCACAAUGAGACAAAGAGACAUCUGUGCAGCUUCUGUGGCAAAGGCUUCAACGACACCUUCGACCUCAAAAGACACGUACGCACGCAUACAGGUGUCCGUCCAUACAAGUGCAACUUCUGCGACAAGGCCUUCACCCAGCGCUGCUCCCUGGAGUCCCACAUGAAGAAGAUCCACAGCAUCACCCUGAAGUACGCCUACAAGGAGCGACGCAACAAGCUGUACGUCUGCGAGGAGUGCGGCCACACGGCGGGAACUCAGGACGAGCUGCUCAUCCACCUCCACUCGCUUCAUCCCGACAGCGCCCUGCUGAAGAGCAAGGCCGCAAGGAGAGCAGGAGGAGGAGGAAGAGAUGGAGGGUCGGUCGGAGGAUCCACUCCCGGUUCUCCACAGGGAGCCGAAAGCGAUGAUACCACCGGAUCAGCUGAGCAGUAAAAGGCAGAGGAUGAUGAAAGAUAAUCAUAAAUACACUCAGGGGGGACUGAUGAAGGAUGAAUGUGUUAAGUGAUGGAUGUGAAGAAGUGGCUGUUGAGCCAGAAUGCAUAGCCAUGGGGAAAGCAAAUCUACUUAUUGUACUGUAUAGAUGUGCAUAUUUACAAAUGUAUGUGUGCUUGGAUUCGGGCAUCUACUGUAAAUAACUCAAUGGAAUAACCCAUCACAGAUGAUUAAGUCUACCUUCUACAAAACUAUAAAUGAAAAUCUAUGUAAAUAUAGAUGAACAGAAACAUUGUGACAACCACACAGUACUUUAGCGCUUUGCUUUGAGUAAAAUGCUAGAGUGCUGUAACAUCAGCACUUUAAAGUGUGUUUUGGAGUUGCUGCAGCUCAGACUUGUUGCAGCACAUCCCGCUGGUACUCACUCCCCGCUGACCAGGAGUAACUCCGAAAUUGCAAUAGUGCCUUCGCACAGGUUGUACUCGAGCCCUAAAUAUGCUGUUCAGGUGGCUUCCUGUCUGCAGCAAAGGACUUAAACUGUGUAUCAAAGAUGGAUGUGGCCACAAUGAUGCCACUCACUUUUUUGAAGAAUAGAGCAUUUUGGCAGUCACCAGGAUAGCUAUGCCCUACACCAUAAUCCAGAUUUAUGGUCUUUUUUUUUUCUUUUUACUUUAAGUGUGGCCAUAAUUGACAUUCUUUUUAUGCUGCAUUGAAGAAAAAUUGAAAGUGUUUACUAAUGUUUCAAAUAAGCGAGAAAUGUUUUUUUGUUUUCUAUUUUUUUUCAUACACUUCCAUGCAUUCAGGUUUGCAACCUGAUUAGACUGGUCCUAAUGUUUUGGUUCAUCUGUGUGUGUAUAUAUGAGAAAAUCCUUUUCAUAAAUUUGGUUAAAAACAGAAUAUUUUUACACAUUUCUUUUGCAUAUGAAUAUUACCUGUGGGGUUUCUAUGUAAAGCAGAAAAGAUGCUUUGUUU